GUGGGAGACCUGGAAGCGGAGGAAGCCGCAGCUCAGCAGCGCCGUGGGUAUUUCCCUCUCCUUGACAGCCCUGCCGAGAGGUCGUUUUAUACACACACAAGCAGGACCUUCUCAAGCGUUCCGGACACGUCAGUAGUUCAUUCUGGGGAGGUGAGUGCCAGGCGGCGGCGGCGCUGACUCCCGGGAGCUGGGCUCCGCACCUCUGCUCCCGGAGCUGCCAACCGACUACCUGGGGACAGGGACAGCUGUCGCGCUCGGACCUCCUCCGUGGACCCCUUCUGGGUGCGCCGAGCCAUGGAUGGCGCGGAGCUGGCCGGGAAGAUCGUUUACACCUGGCUGACUCUGGUGCUCGGCUUCAUACUCCUGCCUUCGGCCUUUGGGGUGUCUUUGGGCAUCUCCGAGCUCUACAUGAAGAUCCUGGUGAAAACUUUAGAGUGGGCCACGUUACGAAUUGAAAAAGGAGUCUCAAAGGAAUCAGUUCUUAAAAACUCAGCUUCUGUUGGUAUUAUCCAAAGAGAUGAGUCACCCAUGGAAAAAGGGCUGUCUGGUCUGCGAGGAAGGGACUUUGAGCUGUCUGACGUGUUUUAUUUCUCCAAGAAGGGAUUGGAAGCCAUCGUGGAAGACGAAGUGACCCAGAGGUUCUCCUCAGAGGAGCUAGUGUCAUGGAAUCUCCUCACAAGGACCAAUGUAAAUUUCCAGUACAUCAGUCCGAAGCUCACCAUGGUGUGGGUGCUGGGCGUCAUAGUGCGCUACUGUGUCCUACUACCUCUGAGGGUUACCUUGGCUUUCAUUGGGAUCAGUUUUUUGGUUAUAGGAACUACCCUGGUUGGACAGCUGCCAGAAAGCAGCCUCAAAAACCGGCUGAGUGAACUGGUCCACCUGACUUGCUGCAGGAUCUGUGUUCGUGCCCUCUCUGGCACCAUUCAUUAUCAUAACAAGCAGUACAGACCCCAGAAGGGAGGCAUUUGUGUUGCCAACCAUACUUCACCGAUAGAUGUUUUGAUCUUGACAACGGAUGGGUGCUAUGCUAUGGUUGGCCAGGUUCAUGGUGGAUUGAUGGGAAUUAUUCAGAGAGCUAUGGUCAAGGCUUGUCCACAUGUCUGGUUUGAACGCUCAGAAAUGAAGGACCGACACCUGGUUACUAAGAGACUAAGAGAACAUAUUGCUGAUAAGAAAAAAUUACCCAUAUUAAUCUUUCCUGAAGGAACUUGCAUCAACAAUACUUCAGUCAUGAUGUUUAAAAAGGGAAGCUUUGAAAUUGGAGGAACCAUAUAUCCAGUUGCAAUUAAGUAUAAUCCUCAGUUUGGUGACGCAUUUUGGAACAGUAGUAAAUACAACAUGGUGAGCUACCUGCUUCGAGUGAUGACCAGCUGGGCCAUUGUCUGUGAUGUGUGGUACAUGCCCCCCAUGACCAGAGAGGAAGGAGAAGAUGCAGUCCAGUUUGCUAACCGGGUUAAGUCUGCUAUUGCCAUACAAGGAGGGUUGACUGAGCUUCCUUGGGAUGGAGGGCUGAAGAGAGCCAAAGUGAAGGACACCUACAAGGAAGAGCAGCAGAAGAAUUACAGCAAGAUGAUUGUGGGCAAUGGAUCUCUCAACUCGGAAUUAGACUGAAUGCCACCCAGGCUUUCCAGAACUAGUCCUUAGAAAUGGAAUGUGGUGGAGUAUUUUUUUGGGGGGGAGGGCAUGUUGUUUCGUUUUACCGUUUUUGUUUUUUAUUGUUAAUCUUUUCUACCCAGUGAUUGUCUCUACCUCUUUAUGCCAGAGGCAGAACCCACGGUGCCCUUUUUGGCUUUUGUUGUUGUUAUAGCAUUAGCCUCAUGAACUGUAAGGUAGUUUACUGCGUUUGAACAGAUUCUCUUUUGUAAAAUGAUUAUGUCAUUGUAGAUUGAAUGAAAUAUUUGUACAGGAAAACGUGCUUCUAAAACACUUUGGGAACUCGUUGUGUUUGGAACUCGUUGAUAUGGUAAUUCUCAAGAAAAUACCCCAAACUUUGUUCAUGAUUAGCUUUCUCACGCUCUUUCCUCCCACUCCCUUUAAUCACUGAAACAGGGAUUACACACCAGUUUGAGUUACUAUCAUGGUUUUGUUCUACUACAAGGUUGAAAAGAAAGUGGAAGACAGUGUUUAGGAGAAAGGACAGCUUUGUGGCCACCUGAUCUGAAAGUUGAAAGGAAAUUAAAUAUUUUUUACUAGUGUGUUAGAAGAGACAUCCUGUUUGGUGAGCUUUUCCGAAGGAAAGUGAGUCCACGUGACUAUGUGUGCACACUUAUCUGCAGGCAACUUGCAAAUAAACAUAUGUUAGCCAGCAACUAGUGAUAAAGUUUUUAGUUUUCCCGUUUGUUUACUAAAGGUACAUACCUAAGGCCUCUCCCAUCUACUGAUUUGUUUGAUCUUGUAACCAAACACAUUUCAGAUAAGAGGAGCCUUUGACAAAACCACAGAUCACA